AGAACACGCCUUUGAACCCAACCCAAUUCGAAGAAUCCGUGACGUUAUCAUCUGGAAGGUCCACUGGUCGUCUCCUGCGAUACUGGUUUCGUAAGAUCUCAUCUUGCCCUUCGGGUCCCUCCCGGCCGUCUAGGGCCGACGACUUCGACAACCCUCACCAUGGCGUCGGUCUCCCCUCAGCACCGCUCCCCCUUCUCGGCUUCGCCGUAUGGGUUCCCCAAUGAUGAAUACGAGGACUUCAACGACACCGAGCAGCUAUCCAGUGGAAGGUCCAAUUCGAAUUCCAUUUGCCUCGUUCCCAGCCCCGCGAGUGGUAGCCUCGCUAGUUAUUGCAUCAUCUCUCACCCUCAGCACUCGCCCGGUGAUCCGUCCCCGUCUCCUCCAACCAUGCCAUUACUGUAUCAUGAUCCUGGUUUCGAUCUGGGCUUUCCCCUCGGUAUCGAGGGACUACAUGACCACACGACGUUCCCGGAGCAAUCCCACAACACUUCCGCCGUUCCUGCUACGACAGCUUCUCUUAAUGAUAGCAAUCACUUUCUUUCUCCCGAGAGCUUCUACAACAUACCUACGACCUAUCCCUCCUGUCCCAUUGGAACUGAACAUUCGCCCACCAGAGAUGGGAGUUCGCUUAUGAGUUCCUUUUCUCACAACGUUCAUCUUAACGCGCCUCAGGCGUUUCCAUUUCACCAGGGGCAACAUGAAUUAGAGAGACUGCAACAGCCCGAGCUCCAACAGAGUCCACACCAACCGCUCCAACACCAAUUUAACGACGCUCCAACUCCCCAAGCAGGUAGUGGCACCAACCCAUGGCCCUUCAGCGACUUCCAUCCCGGUGACCAGAGCCCGGGCCCGACACAAGACACGCCCUGCUCGACAUCGCCAUAUAUCUCUAGCUCGUCGUGCUCGAGUUCCGUCCGUCGCAGUAGCCCCGGGUCUCCCACGGACCAGUGCGAAAGGAAGAGACAGGUGUCUCCCACCAAAGUCCAUGGAGUGAAAAGCGGCAGGAUCGAGAAGAAUAAGAGAAAGCAGCCUGCGGGUCUGGAGGAGAGCCAAUUCGUCAUCGUGACCCCCAGCGCCAUGAGCGCCGCCAACGGUAAACCGAAUCGAUGGGAAUGCCUCGAGGCCGGCCGGAUGACACAACGUGGUCGCAAGGGACCACUCACCGAAACCUCCAAGGAAACCGCACGCAAGGUCCGACAGCGCGGCGCAUGCUUCUGCUGCCGCAUUCGCAAGGUGAAAUGCGGCGAGGAGCGCCCCUGCAAGACCUGCAAGAAGCUCGCCCUGGCGGUGCCCCAAGUCAUCUGCUGGCAGUUCGAGGAUUUCAACACCGUCUUGUUUCCGGAUUUCAUCCGAACCCACUUCAAGAAGGACCAGAUGGCCUCAUGGAUAAGCGAGAACGUCGCGCCGCUGGCAGCCGUUCCUGGCCAGUACCGUCAACCUGUCGAGGUUGAGCUAUUCUCCGGUGUUCGGUUUGCAGCCGUGCUCAAGGUCCCCGCCAAGUUGUUUUCUCCCAAGACGAGGGAGGUUCAGCAGCACUUGCACAUGCUUCCUGGUCAGGACCGGAUGGACCUGCAGGUUUGCUGGACAGCUCCACUGGCCCUCGACGCAGAUACGAAAACAGCGAAAGACAUGAUGAAGGAGAGGGCGAAGGACUACAUCCGUGACCUUGCCCUAGACCCCGUUUGCGCAGAUCAAGUGACCGAGACGUGCAAAACCGGGCUGCCUCGGCAGAUACUGGCGAUCGCUCAGGCCUAUGCCAACAGGACAGGAGAACCCAUUGUGACGAAAGCCCUCUCCGUCUACUCGGCGCACUACAUCAUGACGCGGCACCUUUGUUUGACCCCACGAACCAUAUCCAUACUCCAGCAGACAAACUUCUUGCACGGCAGCGACAACUUCAUGACAUCGCGGGUGUUGAACAGGCAGAUCAAGGCACUCAUCGACGAAUUCCUCAUCCAAAGCGUCCAGGACUUGUUCUACGACUUCACCAAGUCCCUGAAAUCCAAGUCGAGGCACGAGUGGGCGCCUUGCUUAGCCGCGUUCCUAGUGCUGUGUCUCUUCAUGGAGACCGUCGAGACCACAGUAGAUACGUUCGUCGUCGCCCGCAACGAGCGUAGCAUACAGCAGCACUGCGCCCCCGAAUUCAAGCGCGACCUGGCUCUGAGCAUAAACCGCGAGGUGGAGAACCUCCCCUUUAAACAAUUCGCCUUCCAGUUCCACCAGGUCUACCAGACUCAUGCCAGGGAAGCCGCGGCCAGGGACGGAUCGUCCAAGGCGUAUAAUCCGCUGGUGGACGACGCUCUGGCCCAAGAACUGAAGCAAGACAACGACGCCGCGUAUGAGAUGGUGUGCGGUCUCCAGCAGCUUCUCAAGGACAGGACCGAGCUACGAAGCCUGAUCAACCCGAUUCUGACGGCGCCAGAAGAUCACCCAUACCCUCGGGACGUCUCUCAGGAUUAUACGGGUCGGUUGAUUGCUAGGUUUCUCCUCUCGUUCAUCGACCCGAAUUACAUAUUUCACGACGUUCCUUAAAUAAUCCUUCGUGGGCAACUUGGGGCGAUUAUAUCACAUGCGGCAUAUGGGGCGGAAAUAUAUCGGGCUACAUUGAUUAUUAGAGGCCGGCGGGCUGACUAUAGAGGCAAGGACGGAAGUAUCCUUGGUUUUGGUAUCUACUCUUUAUGACUGACCGAUGAGCUCGGACAAGACAGUAACGGCCGUGGGCAGCGAUUCCAGUUCAGUAAU